GCGCGUCUUGUCAUCCAUCUCCAUAGCGAAGAACUGAUCCUCCACGAGCACUGAGGGAUGAAACGGAAAAGAACGUAUGCCUGUCACCACAGAAAUGAGUGAGUCGUCGUCCCUUCACUCUGCGAAACUUGUUUCAUUGGCCCGAUCGCUGUCCGGGCUUGGGCUUGAUGCUGCCAAUGGAGGUCCUGUCAACGCCCCCGAAAAUGACGAGCCGCUUCUUUCGGAGUCUGGCAUUGAUCUGGGCCCUGGGCUUUUUUUCGCUGAUGGCAAGAGAAAAGUGGACUAUGUGCUGUGCUACAAAUAUAAAAAAAGGAGGGCAUCCAAGGGACGCUUUUCCAUCGUAUCCAAUGGGAGUAUACCGAUACCGAUAGCAGGCCGAUGGGAGACAGAAAUGGAGUCUGGGGAGGCAGGUGCUCCUGCAGGAGAUGUGGAGGAGUCGAAGCUGUCUGAUGAGGAAAAGGCUUUAAUGAGGGAGGAGUUUGAAGCUGGACUACUGGAAGCUGGAAUACAGAUUGAACGUGAUAAAGAGAGGUCAUCCGGCAUAGGGUUUAUUCGGCUACACAUCCCAUGGCCAAUUCUAAGUCGAGAAGCAGAGCUUCAGAAGAUCAAGGUUGCUGUGAAAAAGAAAUGCGAAUUGCGGAAACGGAUGGGCAUCGCUGGGAUAUGGGACUCCAUUGCGGCCAAAAUCAACACACCGUUUCAACCAGACGUCCCUGACUUUGACAUCCACAGAGACUCACAGACACGCGUCCAUUUAAAAACCCUCAAACACCCUUUUAUCAGAGACAAGCUCCACCUGUAUGACAUCAAGUCAACAGAAACCGUAUUUGACAAUGCAACACGAAGCAGGAUAGUGGCCGAGAUUAUUUCACGCACUACCUGCAGAAAUACUUGCCAAACCACUGGCAUCAACUCAUUAUUGGCUCGGGGUGUCUACGUCUCUGCCUUCCCUCUGCAUGAUGGGUCGUUCACAAGGAGAGGACGGAAAGAUCAACGAAAUGACAGACAGCUCCUCCAUGAAGAAUGGGCUAACUAUGGUGUCAUGCAUAAAUAUCAGCCUGUGGACCUGAUUAGGAAGUACUUUGGAGAGCAGAUUGGGUUGUAUUUUGCCUGGCUGGGUGUCUAUACUCAGCUACUCAUCCCUCCCUCUGUACUGGGCAUCAUUGUCUUCCUGUACGGCAUAUUCACUGUGGAUGCCAAUGUGCCAAGCCAGGAAACAUGUGAUGACAACCUGAACAUCACCAUGUGUCCACUGUGCGAUGGAGUGUGCGACUACUGGCGUCUGAGUACAGUGUGCUCACUGGCCCGAGCAUCAUACCUUUUCGACAAUGGAGCUACUGUUCUCUUUGCUAUUUUCAUGUCUCUGUGGGCUGCCUGUUUCCUUGAGCACUGGAAAAGGCGACAGAUGUGUCUGAAACAUACCUGGGACCUGACGAGUUUGGAGGAUGAGGAGGAGCGAGUCCAGGAGGAACUGAGGCCUGAAUAUGAAGAAGCCCUACAGGAGAAAAAAGCUAAGAUGAAAGCAAAAUCUACAAAGUUGACUCAAACUGGGGACGGUGUGGAUGGAGAAACAGACCAGAUGCUGGCCUCCCAGCGAGAGCCAGAGUCCCUGGACAUUGAGGAUCACCUGUCAGGUUAUCUCAUCAAUGUGUCCAGCUUACUAUUUCUGAUCUUCGUAACCUUCUCGGCAGUGUUUGGGGUGGCAGUUUAUCGCAUCUGCAUGUUAAGUGUGUGGUCCAUGAACCCUGAUCCUGAAGCCAAGGCCAGUGUGAGGAUGACCGUCACCACCACAGGCAUCAUCCUGAACAUGCUGGUCGUUCUGGUGUUGGAAGAGGUCUAUGGAGCGAUCGCUGUGUGGCUGACUGAACUGGAACUUCCAAAGACAAAAGAAGAGUUUGAAGAGAGGCUGAUCUUUAAGUCUUUCUUUCUCAAAUCCAUGAACGCCUUUGCACCUAUUUUCUAUGUAGCCUUCUUCAAGGGCAGGUUUGCUGGGCGGCCUGGCGAUUAUGUUUAUGUCUUCGGGGGGUAUCGCAUGGAGGAGUGCGCUCCACCAGGCUGCCUCAUUGAGUUGUGCAUCCAGCUCAGCAUGAUCAUGCUUGGAAAGCAGCUCAUCCAAAACAAUGUGUUUGAGGUUCUCAUACCCAAGCUGAAAAAGAUGUACAGGACAAUACAGGAAGAAAAAGGAAAGAAAAGAUCAGCAGAAAAUGAGGAGACUGAAGAAGAGAAAAGACCAAAGCAACAAUUUGACAAAGAUUUCACCCUUGAACCCUUUGAAGGCGUGAGCCCAGAGUACAUGGAAAUGAUAAUCCAGUAUGGGUUUGUGUCUCUGUUCGUGGCCUCCUUCCCGCUGGCUCCCGCGUUUGCUCUGCUCAACAACGUCAUUGAGAUUCGCCUUGAUGCCGCAAAAUUUGUCACUGAGAUCCGACGGCCUGAUGCCGUGAGGUGUAAAGACAUAGGGAUCUGGUACAACAUUCUCUGUGGAAUCAGCAAGUUCUCUGUCAUUACCAAUGCAUUUGUCAUCUCCUUCACAUCAGAGUUUGUUCCACGAAUGGUUUACCAGUACAUGUACAAUGUAAAUGGCACCAUGAAUGGCUACACAGAGCACUCACUGUCCUACUUUAAUGUCAGUAACUUCCCACCGGGCACUGCUCCCACCUCCACCCUCAUCACCGGAGUCUCCAUGUGCAGGUAUAAGGACUACAGAGACCCACCAUGGGACCCAGAACCCUACACCUUCUCUAAACAGUACUGGUCUGUCCUGGCUGCAAAAUUGGCCUUUGUAAUAUUUUUCCAGAACCUUGCCAUGUUCCUCAGCAUGUUGGUUGCCUGGAUGAUCCCGGACGUACCACGAUCCCUGCGGGAACAGCUGAAGAAAGAGAACAUGAUGCUGAUGGAGUUUCUGCUGAAUCAAGACCAAGGAGCACGUGCCAAAUCUCGAUCCCCAAGACGCUCCAUCCCCUGCUUCCCCGUCAACUUAGACAUUGUGGUGGAGGCACCACCAGAAGAUCAGGUGGAGCAGCGAGUGCAGGAGGAGGAAGAAGGGGUUGAGAUCCAUCUGGAUGAACGCAGAAGGACCAGUGACAGUGACCCAGAAGUUGGGAAGCCAUUAGAUGUUGGACUGGAAGAAAAUGGACAGGGAGAGCGAGAAGGUGAAGUAGAAGGUGAGGGUGGAGAGGUAGAAGGGGGAGAAAAGGAAAAAGAUGGAGAAGUAAAUGAAGAAGAUGGAAUGGGGAAUAAUGAGCAAGAGGGAGGAGAAGAAAAAGAGGAAGGAGGACAAAGAGAGGAAGAAGAAAAGGAAUUGAAUGCAGAGGAGACAGAGAAUUUUACUGUCGAUCUGGACUCCUUCAUGAGCGAGCUGGGCAUGUUAGAUGAAGAAUCCUCAUCGAGCGCUGGAUAUACAGACCUUCCCCGCUCAGAUUCUAAACAGGAAUACCAGAAAGACCAGGAGUCCCUGUCACAUCCGUCUUCUAAAAGAGGCUCAUCCCAGUGUCUAAAGAGCUCCAGGACAGAAAUUACAACACCAGAUAAUGACAAUAGGCUCUUCUCACUAAUUGCUCCUCCUCCCAGAGAGCCAGGCUCAAGAGCAAAGGCCCGAUGCUCCACCCUGCCUUCGCGCCACAGAGGGUCCGAGGCUUGCUACAGCCUUCCACGGCCCAGCCAAUCCACCAGCCUCACGAGGUUACAGCAGAAGGCCACACUUACUCCUCUCGUUCCACUGGGCCCUUCAUUAUCGGCCUCAUCCAACCCGUUCUCUCCCCCCCACACACCGGUGUCACCAUCACCUUCCAAACAGUCCCCAUCGGCCCAACAUCCCAGAGCCCCCAGUGAACUAUUUGCACUGAAAGGCCCUCCGCCUCAACAGCCUCGCUCCAGGGGCAAAGCCCGGUGCUCCACGCUCCCUGCACGACAAAGAGCCCCCGGUCCGGAGGAGCACUCCACCAAGCCUAGCCACUCCACCAGCUUUACAAAGCUGGGAGACCGCAUCCCCCCAUCCCCCAGUGAACUGGAGCGUAACACACCAGUAUGAGAAGAGCUGGAAGGCAAGGGAAAGGGAAAAAGUAUGGCAGAGGGAGGGGGAAGACUAUCCAGAUUAGCCUCUCCUCUCCUGUGCCAGGAGCCUCACCCCUCUGUCUAUCCUCCGUAUCUGCAUACAUAAUACCUGGGGUCUGAAGGGAGACCAUCCAGAUCAACUGAACGUCCUUUUUAUCCUCUUAAUCUUCACAGAGAUGUUUAUAUCACUCAGUGGUUUAGGGCUGACCCUGACACGGGGAGUGCUGGACAAUUCAGAGAAAGACUGCUCUGAAACUCUCCCUGCAAUGCCUGAAUACCACUGGAACUUUAACUCUUUUUAUUCCUUUAUUGUAAUAAUUUAUUUAUUGUUGUUUGAUUUUUUGUUGGUUUGUUUUUGCCCACAGCUCAGUAGCCACUGCUCCUCUGUUUUGUUAUUUUCAGUCCCACAUGUAGCAGUGCUGCCUCGUAGACCAGAGUAAGAUGGAAAUAUAUACAGCACAGCUAGUAUCAACAGUAAUGCUUUUAGAUCUACUGUUUAUUUUAAGAUAUUUUGA